CCCCCGCGGCCCCUGGGGGGGGGGGGGGGGGGGGGGGGCGCCGCGGCUGCGGGGAUGCAGGGCAUCACCGCCUACGACUCGGAGGAGGAGGAGGAGGAGCAGAAGACGGAACCGAAGCCAGCUCCGGUCGGUGCCCAGGCGACAGCGAAGGGACCCGCCCCGAAGCCGAAGGCCAGCGCACCGCCUUCGUCUGCCGCCUCCGCCAAGAAGGCCCACGUCGCAACCGCUAAGCUGAACCAUCUGCGCAAGGAGAUCUUGGCAGCCAAGUCCGCCACGGCCACGGUACAGGUGGUGCGGGCAGCCAUUGACACCUCCUGGGACUCGCGCUGGGCCGCACAGGCAUUGUAUUACGUCGCCAAGCGGUCUACGGCACGCACGAGGAAGGAGUGGGCUGCCGACAAGGCCGUGCUGCGACUGGCGGCGAAGCUGCAGGAGGAGGCUGCGGGCUACGGCGUCGCCUCGCGCAGGGACGAGGACGUGGACACGCUGCUGCUGUCGCUGGAGGGCCUGCGGCGCAUGGGGAUGCAGGAGCCCGAGGCGCAGAAGGACGUUCUCGGGCGCGUCUUCUCGCUGCUCGACGCGGACAGCUGGAGGCAUCCAGUGAAGAGCUUGGCCAGACUGUACUGGCUGGGUGCCUCGGUCAAGCUCGAGGGGCGCAAGGAGCUCCCCCAGGAGCUCCGGCGACGGUACGCCGAGCUGAGCGGCCCGGACGCCGCGCUGAUCAUAGCGGCGAUGCAGCACGAGGGAGGGCGCGACGCGGCCCUGCUGCAGAAGGUGCUGGCCAGGCACCGCACCGUGUGGGGAGUCAGCGGGGAUGCUGGGCCCCAGGUGGUUCUCCGAGGGCGUCUCCGAUGGCUGCGGGCUCAAGGCUGAGGGCGUGCACGCUGGCUGCUCCGCCACCGACCUCGUGGAGAUGUCCGAGGGCCUCAAGGCGCUGGGCGUGGACGACGAGGGCGCCCUUCGCCCGCUCGGCCAGGAGGCGCUCCGCAGGCGCGGGGAGCUCACGCCCGACGAGUCGCACCGCAUACACACCGCGUUCCAGGCGAUGAAGCUGCCUCUGCCGCAGGUGUGGGCAAAGGUAGGGUCUGUCACCAAGCGGGGCUCAGCGCAGAUCGUCACCACGCAGGCCUUCGUUCCGCAGGAGGGCCACCAGAAGAAGCGGCGUGGGAACAAUGAGAUCGAGCGCACCUCGCCCCCGCGGGUGGUGCGCGACUACAAGAUGUGCUCUUACUGAGGGCGGCGCCCCCUGUGCUUGCCCAGGGAUCCGCAGGAGCUAAGAUCCCCCUGGUGUCGCAGGUUUGGGCGAAACGCGGCCUUGCAACCGCUCUUCAUCCUCGU